GAGCGCCAGGGUGGCCCGACCGAUCUCCUUCCAUCCCUCCCUCUCUCUCUCCCUCCCUCCCUUCCCGUCCCCUCUGCCAGCGCCGAGCCCGGCAGUAGCUGCCGGCGGGGGCCGCCCCGUUCCCGUGGCAACGCCCGUUCCCGGGCGGCGGCCAUGGGCGGCUGGGCCGCGGCGCCAUGGCGGCUUGGUGGCUGCAGCGGGCGCGGCGGCCUCCGCGGCGCUGCGCGGCGGUGGGGCAGCUCCCGCCCCGGCGCUGGGGACCGGGCGGCGACCCUGAGCGACCUCCUGCAGAGUUCGGUGGAGGCCGAGGAGCCGGGCGCGGCGGCGGCAGCGAGGCGGGAGCGGCGGUGCCCCCGGGAGGGCACGGUGCUGCUCUUCCCCGGGCAGGGCAGCCAGUUCGUGGGGAUGUGCCGCGGGCUGCAGCAGUACCCCGGCGUGCGGGACAUGUACCGCCUGGCCGAGAAGGUGCUGGGCUACGACCUGCUCUCCCUCUGCCUGGAGGGGCCGCGGGACGCGCUGGACCGCACCCAGCACUGCCAGCCCGCCGUGUUCGUCGCCUCCCUGGCCGCCGUGGAGAAGCUCAACCACCUGCAGCCUGAAGUCGUGGAGCGUUGCGUGGCGGCCGCCGGCUACAGCGUGGGGGAGUUCGCGGCGCUGGUCUUCGCUGGAGCCCUGGACUUUGCCGAAGCGCUGUACGCGGUGAAAGUGCGCGCCGAAGCCAUGCAAAAGGCGUCGGAAGCUGUCCCCAGUGGAAUGCUCUCGGUUGUCGGCCGGCGAGAGGCAAAUUACAAAUUUGCCUGCCUGGAAGCCCGUAAACACUGUGAAUCGCUGGGUAUAGAGAACCCCGUGUGCACAGUUUCAAACUAUUUGUUUCCAGACAGCAGAGUCAUUGCAGGACACUUACAGGCUUUGGAGUUUUUGCAGGAGAAUGCCCGAAAAUAUUAUUUUAAACGUACAAAAAUGCUUCCAGUCAGUGGGGCUUUUCAUACCAGACUUAUGGAACCAGCAGUAGAGCCACUGGCUGAAGUACUAAAAUCGAUUGAAAUUCAGAAACCUCUGUUCUGUGUGUAUUCCAAUGUUGAUGGCAGAAAGUACAUGCACUCAAAGCACAUUCAGAAGCUGUUAGUGAAGCAGGUGGUGUCACCUGUUCUGUGGGAGCAGACUAUGCACUCAGUGUACGAAAGAAAGCAAGGAACAGAAUUUCCUUACACGUAUGAAGUGGGGCCCGGGAAUCAACUAGGAGCCAUUCUCAAACAAUGUAAUUUAAAGGCCUGGAAACAAUAUAAGCAUGUAGAUGCUCUGGAAGAUGAGGAAGCAGCGGAGACUUAAAUAACCUUUUGAGAAAAAUCCACAUAGCUCGGUUUUUUUCUGAUUUAAAACUUUGUGCUCCCAAAAGACAAAGUCUUAAAAGAGCACUACGUGCAUAAUUGCAAUGAACAUUUUCCUUUGAGUUCCUCAGGUGUGCAAAGGGGAGAGCAAAGUUUGGCUCUUCCAUCUGUGUCAGGACUGCAAAGCUGUCAACAAACAGGCCAAGUAGCACUGUUUGUCCUCAAUCCUGCAAGCAACUUUGCCUCUUGAUGUUUUUUUGUUUGGUUGUUUUUGUUUGGUUGUUUUUGGGGGAGUUUUUUUGGGUGUGGAUUCAGGUUCCAGUUGGCAGCCUUGGCUGUCUGAUGCAGGGAUCUUCUGCAGGAAUGCAGGGGUUGUUGGCUUCAAGUUGUGGAGGGCUCUGCUCUGGGCUAGAGGGUGCAUUUAGAGGAGCCAUUUGUUGGGAAGGCUUUCAGUGUGUUGAUGUUCCUGUUUUCUUACUCAGCUGGCUUGUGGGGUGUUAAUCUAUGUAAAGUUCUCUUACUUUGUGUCCACAUUGCCAGGUAGCAGCUGAGUGAGGCAGAUGAUGUUACUGGAAACAUUAUUUUCUUAAGGUUAAACUAUAAAUAAACUAUGAAGCUUUUCUUGCUA